AUGGCGAUGCUGCUCGACGGUGGCCCCCAGUUCCCCACGCUGGGAAUGGGUGGUUUUGGGAGUCCCCGACACCAUGACAUGACUAACCGCGAGCCGGCACUGGGGUUCGGCCCUUUCUGCGACUCGCCUCACCCUGGAACCUUCAAGCUCAGCCCGGGGUCUCAUGAGAUUUCGGCCGGCCAGAACUCUGCUUUCACCCCGCAGGCAUCGGGCUACACCGCCGCUUUGGCUCCUCACGCCGGCCAAGUUGGCUCCUACGGUGGGACGCCGUUCAACGCCAGCCGGGAGUUUCUGUUUCGCAACCGGAGCGGCUCUCUCGGGGACUCGGCCAACGCGGGCUCCCAGCAUACCCUCUUUAGCUCUCCCGGAGGGGGGAUGCACGGACCCCCGGCUAUACCGGACGCCCCAGGACAUCUCCUCUUUCCAGGACUUCACGAACAGAAUUCCAACCACUCGUCGGCCGCCGGGCACGUCGUGAACGGUCAGAUGCGCCUCGGAUUGCACGGUGAGUUGUUCGCCAGGGCAGACCCUUACCGGGGCGUGAGCAGUCCGCGGGUCGAGCACUACUCGACGGCGCAGCUGCACAACUACAACCCGAUGAAUAUGACGAUGGGGAUGAACGUGACGCGGCACCAGAGACCCGGGGCGUUCUUCCGCUACAUGAGGCAGCCCAUCAAACAGGAGUUACCCUGCAAGUGGAUGGACGAAGUUCAGAACAAUCGCAGCAAAGCCACUUGCGAACGGACUUUCGGCAGCAUGCACGAGCUGGUAGCCCACCUCGCCGUGGAGCACGUCGGCGGGCCCGAGCACACCAACCACAUCUGUUACUGGGAGCACUGUUCCCGGGGAGGCAAAUCCUUCAAGGCCAAAUACAAACUCAUCAACCACAUCCGCGUGCACACGGGUGAGAAACCUUUUCCGUGCCCCUUCCCAGGAUGUGGGAAAAUAUUUGCCAGGUCUGAAAACCUGAAGAUCCACAAAAGGACCCACACAGGUGAAAAGCCGUUUAAGUGUGAGUUUGAGGGCUGUGACAGGCGAUUCGCCAACAGCAGUGACCGCAAGAAGCACAUGCAUGUGCACACAUCAGACAAGCCCUACAUCUGCAGAAUGUGUGACAAGUCCUAUACGCAUCCCAGCUCCCUUCGUAAACACAUGAAGGUUCACGAAUGCCAGGGUUCGGAUACAUCUCCCGCGCCCAGCUCCGGAUACGAGUCCUCCACUCCCCCGGCCUUGCUCUCCUCAAACAGUGAAGAUCCCGGCAAGAGCGCGGCGCCACUCGCACAGAACCAUCCCAGUCACAACCCGCCGCUGCCGCCUAAUUUUAAUGAGUGGUACGUGUGA